AUCCAGACAAACAGUGUACUCGAGAGGAUAGUAUCCUCUUUAAAUAGGAUAGAAGAAGCUGUACUUGUCAUCACCAAUUAUAUCCUGAUCCCUUUUGUCGAUCAUCCUCCGGCUUUCACGCAUUAGUCCCCGGAAAACCAACACCCAACAUCAAUCCUGUCCGGCACCAUCACCACCACAACCACUACGAUCAUCAACAUGGCCACUCGUCGCUCCGCACCGAAAUCUCCGUCUCCCAAGGAUGGUGUCGCGUCUUCGGGCUCUCCAAAGCCCUCUGACUCAGAUGUGACCCCUGCCGUUCCCACAAAUGUAAUCAUGAAACUUCUCGGAUUCUCCGUCGCCAUGGUCGUUAUUCCUAUCGGAAUGUACUUUGUUACAGUGGACUUUGGAGCAAGCGCCACAGUCGGCGGUAUCGUGGCUGCCAUCAUGGCGAACGUAGUUCUCUUCGCGUACAUCUAUGUUGCGUGGAAGGAUGAUCAGGCGGAGAGGGAAGCUGACGCUAAGUACAAGGAGAAAAAAGCACAGUGAGGUACAGCCACACUGUCUUGUUGUCUUUGUUGUUUUCCAUUUACUUUCGUGUUCGGCUCCAGCGGCCUGUAUUGCAGAAAUGGCGUUCAUGGAUCGCUCUGAUUUUGCAUGCUAAGUAUGUACUUGUCGCAUCUUUUGUUGUGGAAGCUAUGUCGGGAUACUAGUAUGUAUGUAUGUAAUGGUUUAGGGAAAUUCUGUACGUGUUCUGAUACCUUACAGUUUACUAAAUGUGUGG